AGUUGAUUGAUAUGCUGCAACUGUUCUUUUGAUUCCUCAUAAUUAGGGUUUUGUAAGUGCUUUAAGAUCGCCUUACUUCGUGGGGCUUUGUCGAAUCGAGCCUUUUCUUGGGAAAUUGUGCCUUUUUGGGGAUUUGGGAUUUGCCAGAGUUUUGGUUGUAGCGGGUGAAAGAUUGAGGGGUUUGUUUCUUCUGCUUUGAUUGGAAUGUGGAAGGGUUCGAAGAGCGGUGCGGGCAAGUCUGCAUCGCACCAGCUCUUCAAGGACAAGGCGAAGAACCGCGUGGAUGAUCUGCAGGGUGUGUUCACUAACCUGCAAUCUGCAAGGAAGGAGAGUCGAACUUAUGAUGUUGGGGUGCUUGAAGAGCAGGUUCAUCAGAUGCUUCGUGAGUGGAAGGCUGAGCUCAAUGAGCCUUCCCCGGCUUCUUCGUUGCAGGGAGGAAGCCGUGUCUCAUCAGAUAUCUAUAGACUGCUGCUUGGUGAGGAGGAAGAUGAUGCUACCAGCGCAUUAGCUGCACCUAAGCCUGAGCCUGUUGCUCCAAAAAAUGAUGUUGCUGGAUUUCAAGAGGGUUUCAAUGUAACUCCGGUGCUGCAGGAGCAAGGUUACCAGUUGGUUGAUCAGUGCAAAAGUAUGCCGUUGGUGGUCAACAAUGCAGGGAUUAACAACCUAGGCAUUGCAACACAACAAGAUUACAAUUCUUUUGAUUUGCAGCAAGACUUUGAUCGGUACUUCCCCGGAUUUGAUGCUUUAAAUCUUUGUCUAGAGGAUGUGUUGCCUCCUGUUCAUAUUAGUCCUCCGCCCUCUGCUUUCCUGGGUCCUAAAUGUUCACUUUGGGAUUGUCCUCGACCUGCGAUGGGGUCAGAUUGGUGUCAGAAGUCUCAUGACUACUGCAGUGACUAUCAUGCUUCUCUUGCGCCUAAUGAAGGUUAUCCUGGAACAGCUCCAGUUGUUCGACCGAUGGGUAUUGGCUUAAAGGAUAAUUUGCUUUUCCAAGCUCUAAGUGCAAAAGCACUGGGGAAAGAUGUUGGUAUUCCGGAGUGUGAAGGUGCUGCCACUGCAAAAUCCCCUUGGAAGGCACCAGAGCUCUUUGACCUUAAAGUUGUUGAAGGUGAAACAAUCAGGGAAUGGCUUUUCUUUGAUAAGCCUCGAAGAGCAUUUGAAAGCGGAAACAGAAAGCAGAGGUCACUGCCAGAUUAUAACGGGCGGGGUUGGCAUGAGUCUAGGAAACAAGUGAUGAAUGAAUACGGAGGGCUGAAGAGAUCCUACUAUAUGGAUCCACAGCCGAUGAAAGACCUGGAAUGGCAUCUGUAUGAAUAUGAGAUCAACAAGUAUGAUGUGUGUGCCCUGUACAGAUUGGAGCUGAAACUUGUUGAUGGGAAGAAGAGUCCAAAAGGGAAAGUAACGAAGGAAUCAGUUGCGGAUUUGCAAAAGCAAAUGGGAAGACUCACUGCUGAAUUUCCUUCGGAGAACAAGCGCUCUGUUAAAGGUAGAGCAAAAGCUAACAAGGACGUUGCUGUUAACAUGCAUGCUGUUCCAAAUCGAAUUGUUCCAGCUAGUGAAGGGUUUGAUUAUGGGACCGGUGCACCUUUUCCUGACUAUCUCGUUGAUAAUUUAGGUGGCUACUAUGUAACGUAGAUUGGAUAAGUACUUUGGAUGCUUUUAAAAUAAAGAGGCUUUUUGUCCGUGUAUUAUACAUAUACAUAGGGGUGUUUAUAGGUCUGUUUGGCACGGUAUCGGAAGAUAGUCCUUUGGUGAAUUUAACAAUGUUACUUAUACCGUACCAAAAUAAAUUCGGUAUGGUUCGGUUUUCCA